AGCAACGUCAGUACAACAUGCACUUUCACUGCACUUAUGCCAUCACACAUCGCUAUUACAGUCGCUGUUUUUAAAAUUAUUUUGAAAACAAAUGAAACGCAUUAUGCAGAAAUUUUCGGUAACCAGUAGUGCACUGCUGGCGCGUGUCACUGCAAUACAGCUCUUCGCCACCAAUAUGGAUAGCCCUGUUGCAAUAUAUCAAUCGUCAUAUAAUACUACAGGAACGAAAAUUCAGACUAGCGAUAAUUCCAACACAGCCGAGAAGUGUACUUUCAAACCUAAAAAGAUUCUGAUUCUGUCUAAAUUAACACGGUUGGAAUAUGAAAGGCAAACUCAUCCAUUUCUUGACGAAACUCAGCUGAAAAAAGCGCUGGUACGGCGAGGAUCUAACUAUGAAAGGCUUCGAAGGCGGUAUGAUGAACACUAUCAGUUUUUAAAUGUCGUGAUAGAUGAACUAAGAGCUUGUGGUAUCGAAACUCGAACUGUGCAGAAGUUCGAUUACAAUAAUGCUGCAGUUUCGUGGGCCGAUGCUGUAUUUUCUGCGGGUGGUGAUGGCACGUUUCUGCACGCAGCUUCAAAAAUUUUAUCAACUGAAAAACCUGUGAUAGGAAUAAAUACUGAUCCUAAGGGCUCAGAGGGCUAUCUUUGUUUGCUGAAGAAACUGUCGCACGAAUAUUUCAAAGAUGCCUUAAAACGAUUACUUGCCGGUGAUUUCAGGUGGUUAUAUCGACAACGUAUACGCAUACGCUUGGAAGGGGAUGUUGGAGAUAUUGAACCAUUUUAUUUGCAUGAAGAACAGCUUCCUUUUCAUUACUCAAAAAUGCAGGAAAUGUUGAAAUCAAGGAGAAAAACGGAAAACCCUACUGAAGGAAAUGUGAAUGUAUUAUCGGAUCUGGCCUUAAACGAUGUUUUUAUCGGAGAGAGCUUGUCAUCACGUGUCUCUUAUUAUGAAAUUCAAUGUGAUUAUGGUGAAAUGGUGAAACAGAAAAGCAGCGGUGUUGUAAUAUGUACAGGAUCUGGUUCGACUUCCUGGUAUUUCAAUAUAAAUAAAAUGACUGAUCACUGUAUAUCUAAUAUUCUGGGUAUUGCUUCGAAGGAGAUCGGUAAUAUAACAUUGGGAGAGGAUAAAUCACUUAUUCGAAGGAUUCGUGACAUUUAUAAUAGUCGCCUACUGCUCACUCCGGAUUCUGAAAAUAUGGCUUACUGCGUUUGCAAUCCAAUAUAUAAUGCAACAUAUCCAGAGUUCCCGCCUCGUGGAUUAGUGAAGCGUUUGCGAUUGCAUUCACGUUGUUAUGAUGCUCAUUUGGUUAUUGACGGCAGAGUUGCCUAUAAAUUUAACGAUGGUGCUGAAGUAGUCCUUGAGAUCCAUCCCGAAGAUGCGUUGAAAACAGUCGUGUUUCGAUGA